UUCUCGCAUCUCAAAAUCCAUCAAUCGGUAUUCAGUAGCCAACUGUGAAUAAGUGAAUAGACAUCCAAGCGUUCCAUUCCAUUUCCGUAUAGUUCGAAAACACUUGAGUACCUUCGAUCAUAUUUUAGUGUCAAAAAUGGCCGAGGAGCAUACCAGUAAGGCCCCUGAGUUGGAGAGCAACGUUAGCGGUGAAGGAGCAGUGGAGAGCAAGGACCGAGGGUUGUUCGAUUUCAUGGGGAAGAAAGAAGAGGAGAAGCCUCAAGGGGAGGUGAUCGUAACCGAGUUUGAAAAGGUUACUAUCGAAGAGACAAAGGCAGAGGAAGAAGGUGAGGAGAAGAAGAAGCAUGGUCUCCUGGAGAAGCUUCACCGAUCAGAUAGCAGCAGCUCCAGCUCUUCAAGCGACGAGGAAGAAGGUGAAGGAGAAGAGAAGAAGAAGAAGAAAAAGAAGGAGAAGAAGGGACUGAAAGAAAAGAUUGAAGAGAAGUUAGAAGGAGAGAAGAAAGAAGAGGACACUUCAGUUCCAGUAGAGAAGUGCGAUGAGCCAGUAGUCCAGCCAGAGACGCCAGAGAAGAAAGGUUUCCUCGAGAAGAUCAAGGAGAAACUCCCUGGACAACACAAGAAAGCUGAAGAGGCCAGUAGCCCAGCUCCAGCCCCAGCCCCAGCCCCAGCCCCAGCAGCUGAGCCCCAUCACGAAGGGGAGUCAAAGGAAAAGAAGGGAAUUUUGGAGAAAAUCAAGGAGAAGCUUCCUGGUUACCACUCCAAAUCAGAUGAAGAAAAAGAAAAGGCUUGAGAUUCAAGUUCACAUAAAAAUACUGAUGGGAUUGUGUGUUUCUUAAAUUGUUAAAAAAUUAUCUGUUUUUGUUUUGAGGUUGUAUUUGUUGUAUAUUUCAUAUUAAGUUUCUUCUUUUCCCAGCAUUUUUAGUACAAAUCAUAAGAAAAAAAAAGUUUGCUUUCGGUAUGUAAGAAAUGACAUGUUUCCAUUCUGUCUUUUUGUGAUUCGAACAGUAUUUAAUGAAUCAAUUUCUUGCUUUGUUGUUUA